UGUAACCUUGCGCAGGAGUAUUUUCAAUCAGUGAAAAAUUUUCACAUUCACAAAAUCGAUUCAACGAAUUUGAAUUAAUAAUUAAAAUUGUUUUUUUAGUAGUAUUUUUUGUCGUUAGUGUAUGUGAAAAGAAAAGUUAUUAUCAGAAUUAACAAAAGGGAAAUCAAGUGAAUCUAGGGACUAUUUUGCAAUCCAUGAGUAAUUGUGGUGGGGGACGAAUAAUGGCGUCCAUGAUGGGUGUCAGCGGCAAGCAGUGACGGUAUUUGCCUUGCGUCAGUCGGUUUUGUAUUGCGGAUGAUUGAAUCGUGAUUCUCGGGGUGAAAGGUGUACGAAAAAAAUUGGUGUAUUUGCAAUUGAAUACCGCCAUUUGGCUGCGAGAAGAUCCUGCCAAAUUUUAUUGGCUUUAGGAUUCCGGUAAUCUUGCAAAAGAAUCACAAAAAUGACGCAGCUACUGCCCAUAAGGUUUCAGGAACAUCUCCAGCUGACUGCUGUUGGGAUAAAUGCAAAUAAUGUCAGCUUUAAUACUGUCACCAUGGAAUCUGAUAAAUUCAUCUGUGUGCGAGAAAAAGUGGGCGAAACAGCACAAGUAGUAAUCAUUGAUAUGAAUGAUACGGCCAACCCCAUUAGAAGGCCGAUCUCUGCAGAUUCGGCCAUCAUGAAUCCAGCGAGCAAAGUCAUCGCUCUCAAAGCUCAAAAAACUCUGCAGAUUUUCAAUAUUGAGAUGAAAUCAAAAAUGAAAGCUCACACAAUGACGGAGGAUGUUGUCUUUUGGAAAUGGAUUUCAUUGAAUACAUUGGCAUUAGUGACAGAGACUGCCGUCUAUCAUUGGUCAAUGGAAGGUGAUUCGACACCAAAUAAAGUAUUCGAUCGUCACUCAUCAUUGAAUGGAUGUCAAAUUAUCAAUUAUCGAACAGACGCUAAACAAACGUGGUUACUAUUAAUUGGUAUAUCCGCGCAGCAUAGUCGCGUUGCCGGUGCAAUGCAACUUUAUUCCGUUGAACGUAAAUGCUCACAGCCAAUUGAAGGUCAUGCGGCAUCAUUUGCACAAUUUAAAAUGGAAGGAAAUCCCGAGCCAAGUAAUCUAUUUUGCUUUGCCGUGAGAACAGUGCAAGGCGCUAAAUUGCAUAUUAUCGAAGUCGGUCAACCACCAUCCGGCAAUCAUCCAUUCCCGAAGAAAGCAGUUGAAGUUUUCUUUCCAUCAGAGGCGGGAAAUGAUUUUCCAGUUGCAAUGCAAGUCAGCUCCAAGUAUGAUGUAAUUUAUUUAAUUACAAAAUAUGGCUAUAUUCAUAUGUACGAUAUUGAAUCGGCAACGUGUAUAUUCAUGAAUCGAAUUUCGGGUGAAACAAUAUUUGUCACUGCUCCACAUGAGGCGUCUGGCGGUAUUAUUGGCGUUAAUCGUAAGGGUCAAGUGCUCUCGGUUUCAGUUGAGGAAGAAAAUAUCAUUCCCUAUAUUAAUGGAGUAUUGCAAAAUCCUGAAUUGGCGUUGAGAAUGGCAGUGAGAAAUAAUUUGUCAGGCGCUGAGGAUCUUUUUGUGAGGAAAUUUAAUAUGCUCUUUCAAAAUGGACAGUACGCUGAGGCCGCUAAAGUCGCUGCAAAUGCUCCUAAAGGAAUACUCAGAACUCCAGCAACAAUACAACGAUUUCAACAGGUACCAACGACUACAGGUCAAACUUCGCCGCUACUGCAAUAUUUCGGCAUUCUUUUGGACCAAGGACAAUUAAAUAAAUACGAAUCGCUUGAAUUGUGCCGUCCGGUAUUGGUACAGGGGAGGAAACAACUAUUGGAAAAAUGGCUAAAGGAAGAUAAACUCGAGUGCAGCGAGGAAUUGGGUGAUUUAGUAAAGCAAGCAGAUCCCACAUUGGCGCUCAGUGUUUAUUUGCGUGCGAAUGUGCCGAAUAAAGUUAUUCAGUGUUUCGCCGAAACGGGACAAUUUCAAAAGAUUGUCCUCUACGCAAAGAAAGUUUCAUAUACACCGGACUAUAUAUUUUUACUAAGAAACGUUAUGAGAAUUAAUCCCGAUCAGGGAGUAGCUUUCGCCCAAAUGUUAGUGCAAGAUGACGAACCGUUAGCUGAUAUUAAUCAGAUUGUAGACAUAUUUAUGGAGCAAAAUAUGGUGCAGCAGUGUACGGCCUUUUUGUUGGACGCCUUGAAAAAUAAUCGCCCCAGCGAGGGUGCCUUGCAGACGCGUCUCCUUGAGAUGAAUUUAAUGUCAGCGCCGCAAGUGGCAGAUGCAAUUUUAGGAAAUCAAAUGUUCACACACUAUGAUCGCGCUCAUGUUGCACAAUUGUGCGAAAAAGCUGGACUAUUGCAAAGGGCUCUUGAACAUUACACCGAUUUGUAUGAUAUUAAACGAGCUGUUGUUCAUACACAUUUAUUGUCGCCCGAUUGGCUCGUUGGAUUUUUCGGCACACUCUCAGUUGAGGAUUCACUCGAGUGCUUGAAAGCAAUGCUCACUGCAAACAUCAGGCAAAAUUUACAAAUUUGCGUUCAAAUUGCCACCAAGUAUCACGAGCAAUUGACAACAAAAGCGCUUAUUGAUCUCUUUGAGAGUUUCAAAUCGUACGAGGGACUGUUCUAUUUCCUUGGCUCUAUUGUGAAUUUCAGUCAAGAUCAGGAAGUGCACUUUAAAUAUAUUCAAGCUGCGUGUAAAACUGGACAGAUCAAAGAAGUUGAACGUAUUUGUCGUGAGAGUAAUUGUUACAAUGCUGAGAGAGUGAAAAACUUCCUAAAGGAGGCAAAGCUCUCUGAUCAGUUACCGUUGAUCAUCGUGUGUGAUCGUUUCGAUUUUGUGCACGAUCUUGUGUUAUACUUGUACAGAAAUAAUUUACAAAAAUAUAUUGAAAUUUAUGUGCAAAAGGUGAAUCCUUCGCGAUUGCCAGUCGUUAUCGGUGGAUUGUUGGAUGUUGAUUGUUCUGAGGACAUAAUAAAAAAUUUGAUUUUAGUCGUUCGUGGACAAUUUUCCACAGAUGAACUUGUGGAAGAGGUGGAGAAACGUAAUCGAUUGAAGUUGUUGCUCCCUUGGCUUGAAUCGCGUGUUCAUGAAGGAUGUGUCGAGCCAGCUACUCAUAACGCUUUAGCCAAAAUUUAUAUUGAUAGCAAUAACAAUCCGGAAAGAUUCCUCAAGGAGAAUCAAUUUUACGACAGCAGAGUGGUGGGAAAAUAUUGCGAGAAACGUGAUCCACAUUUGGCUUGCAUUGCUUAUGAGCGCGGACAAUGCGAUCGCGAAUUAAUAAGUGUUUGCAAUGAGAAUAGUCUUUUCAAGAGUGAAGCAAGGUAUCUCGUGAGACGAAGAGAUCCGGAUCUAUGGGCUGAAGUUCUUCUCGAGAGCAAUCCUUACAAGCGACCAUUGAUCGAUCAGGUGGUACAAACUGCUUUGUCAGAGACACAGGAUCCGGAGGAUAUAUCAGUGACUGUAAAGGCAUUCAUGACAGCCGAUUUGCCAAAUGAAUUGAUUGAACUUCUUGAGAAAAUUGUUCUCGACAGUAGCGUUUUCAGUGAUCAUCGUAAUUUACAAAAUCUCUUGAUCUUGACGGCAAUUAAGGCCGAUCGUACCCGAGUUAUGGAGUACAUUAAUCGUUUAGAUAAUUACGAUGCACCCGAUAUUGCAAACAUUGCUAUUAAUAAUGAACUCUACGAGGAAGCUUUUGCUAUUUUCAAGAAAUUCGACGUCAAUACGUCCGCUAUUCAAGUGUUGAUUGAUCAGGUCAAUAAUCUCGACAGGGCUUACGAAUUCGCUGAAAGGUGUAAUGAACCGGCUGUUUGGUCUCAAUUGGCCAAGGCUCAAUUGAAUCAGGGUUUGGUUAAGGAAUCGAUUGACAGCUACAUCAAGGCUGAUGAUCCAACUGCUUACGUUGACGUUGUGGAAACUGCUCACAGAACAUCACACUGGGAGGAUCUUGUACGCUAUCUUCAGAUGGCACGCAAGAAAACUAGAGAAUCAUUUAUUGAAAGUGAAUUAAUUUAUGCCUACGCUCGCACCAAUCGACUUGCUGAUCUCGAAGAAUUUAUCUCCGGACCAAAUCAUGCUGAUAUUCAAAAGAUUGGCGAUCGAUGCUUCGAUGAUAAAAUGUACGAGCCAGCAAAGUUGUUGUACAACAAUGUGUCGAAUUUUGCCCGCCUCGCGAUAACAUUGGUUCAUUUGAAGGAGUUCCAGGGCGCUGUUGACAGUGCAAGAAAGGCAAAUUCCACGCGCACUUGGAAGGAGGUUUGUUUCGCCUGCGUUGACAGCGGUGAAUUUCGAUUGGCACAAAUGUGCGGCUUGCACAUUGUCGUCCACGCGGAUGAACUCGAGGAUCUUAUAAAUUACUAUCAGGAUCGUGGCCACUUUGAGGAGUUGAUUAAUCUUUUGGAAGCAGCAUUGGGACUUGAGAGAGCACACAUGGGAAUGUUCACUGAACUCGCAAUUCUUUACAGUAAAUUCAAACCCCAGAGAAUGAGGGAACAUUUGGAAUUAUUUUGGUCGCGUGUCAAUAUUCCAAAAGUGUUGCGCGCCGCCGAACAAGCGCAUUUAUGGGCUGAACUUGUAUUUUUAUAUGAUAAAUACGAGGAAUAUGAUAAUGCAGUUUUGGCAAUGAUGCAACAUCCCACGGAGGCAUGGAGAGAGGGACAUUUCAAGGAUGUUAUCACUAAAGUCGCGAAUGUUGAACUCUACUACAAGGCUAUACAAUUUUACGUGGAAUUCAAACCACUUUUGUUGAAUGAUAUUUUACUUGUUCUUGCGCCACGUAUGGAUCAUACAAGAUCGGUGGCUUAUUUCACGCGAUUUGAUCAUUUGCAAUUGGUGAAACCGUACUUGCGCUCGGUUCAGGCAUUAAAUAAUAAGGCAAUCAAUGAGGCUUUAAAUGGUUUGUUGAUUGAUGAAGAGGAUUAUCAGGGUUUGAGAACGUCGAUAGACGCUUUCGAUAAUUUCGAUAAUAUUGCUCUUGCUCAGCAAUUAGAGAAGCACGAGUUGAUUGAAUUUAGACGAAUUGCCGCCUAUUUAUAUAAGGGCAAUAAUAGAUGGAAACAGUCUGUGGAAUUGUGCAAAAAGGAUAGAUUAUUUAGGGAUGCGAUGGAAUAUGCGGCCGAGUCUCGUCAAGCAGAAGUCGCCGAGGAAUUGCUGGAAUGGUUCUUGGAGAGGGGAUCGAAAGAUUGUUUCGCGGCGUGCCUUUUCCAUUGUUACGAUUUACUUCAUCCGGACGUAAUUUUGGAACUUGCGUGGAGACACAAAAUUCUGCACUUCGCAAUGCCUUACCUCAUCCAAGUCGCGCGAGAAUACAUCUCGAAGGUUGAUAAAUUGGAAGAAUCUGAAAAUCGACGUUUAGAAGAGACUGAUGAUCAUGAAGUUAAACCUAUGAUUAUGCCCGAACCACAAUUGAUGUUAACGGCAGGACCGGGAAUGAUGGCACCAGGCUACGCACCUGCAGGUGUAUAUGGAGCACCUGCCCAAGGGGUUUAUGCACCGGCAGCGGCGGCGUACCAGGGAUACGGCAUGUGAGAACCAUUCUAUAACUCAUUUACCAAUACCGAUCAACAUUUACUUUUCUAUAAGGCUUAGAUCAAGAGUACCGCCCUUAGAAUUUUAGACGUAAAUUAAAAAAAAAAAAAAACGCUGAAGAAAUGUCACCACAGAGCAGACAUCGUUACGCUUAGACCAGUCUAUGCUAUUAAUAAAAAAAUAAAUAAAUCGAUAUAAGACGUCGUCCCGUCAUUAUAUCAAAAAAAAAAAAUAUUUAUUGCAAAUUUGUAGAUACAAGAAAACAAUUGACUGUCAAUCAUUUAUUUAAUGAUUGAAUAACCCUGUAAAGAAUUUAAAAAGAAAGCAUUCUCUAAAUGAAAAAUAAUUCGAUAAUAAAUUUCCCUCUCGUGGAGAAGAAAUAAAUUUUUAAAAAAUUCUCACUCAGAAUUUACUGAGAAAAAAAUGAAAAUUUAUCAUUAGAAUUUUCGUGUUGUAUAAAAAAGAUUGUGUCAGGUGUGUGUAGUUUGCUUGUGGCAUGACUUCCGAAAUACUCUACGUCGUCCCUCUUCCAGAAAAGCAAACAAAAAAAACUGAAAAUUUAAUUGAAUAUAAAUCUUGAUGUAAACAGACAGAAAAAAAUGCAACUCGUAUAACUCAAUUUGAUCGUUAAAAAAAUGAAAUUUGAAUAAUGACUCCGAGUCAUUGAUUUAUAAAAGUAUUUUCUUUUUUUCAAAGGAAAAAAGAAUUUUUUUUAAGGACAUUGUGAACUUAUUUGUUAAAGUGGCAGUUAUUGAAAUCUAACUGCCUAUUUCUGUUAUUUGUUCCGUCGUAUAUUUUGUUACUUGUCCAGACGUAUUUUAGAUAGAAUUCCAUUUAAACUGAAAGAAUGAAAGAGAGAGAGAGAAAUAACUUCAAGUAUUUUGAUUUUGACCUAUUAUGUAGAAUUACGUCUCUAAUUUAAUUAGAACCACCAACCCCUCUUUUUUCCCCCAGCGUGACGUCUUUAAUCGGUGUAACUAAAAAUAGUUCGAGUAGUAAUUCCCAUCUUUCUUUUUUUUAAUAAAACAGAAUUUUUUAAAUAUUUUGUAAACGCUUGUCUCUGGUUUCUUGUUUUCUUAUAAACUUUUUUAAAUCGAUUUCAAUAAUUAAUAUUGCCUUGAGAAAAAAAAAUGAGAAAGAAAAGUCUAUCUAGUAAACUUUAGUAAAAACAUUGUUUUUCUAUGAAAAAAAGCACUUUUAGGAAAUGAGAUUUGUACUCUCAUUUCACUGCUAUACAAUUCAUUCUAUAGAUUAAUGUGAUGGUCUUGACUAUUUUGGACAAUAUCCAUUCUCUUCGUCCUUGUAGGAAAAAGAUACAGAAAACUUGGAAAAAAAGGUUAAUUUUUUUUCCCAACAACUUAAUUUUUCUGAGAUAUCACGAGUGUUUGACAAUUUUUCAAUCCCGGUAAAUACGCAUAGGUAUUAGUUUGAAAAGCAGUAAAAAAAUAGAUGGACACGAGUGAAAGAUUAUGACAUUCCCAUUUAAAAAAAAGAAAUCUAAAAUUAUGUCCUUGCACUGUAUUUUCGAAAUUAAAUCCUAAAAAUGAAAAAAAAACCAACAUGAACGAAUGAAUUUGUUUCAAUUUUUGAGCCGCAUUGUUUGUGGUUCUGACGCAAGUUGUUAUUGUAUUGAUAUAUCAUAUAAUUAUUUGAAUAUUGUGAAUUAUAAUUAUUGGAUGAGAAAAACAAACGAGAGCAAAACAAGAUCGAUAAUUAUACAUAUAUAUUAUAAAUACAUAAUUAUAUAUUAAACUGGUAAUUAAUAAUAUAACGUGUAAGUAGUAGAUAUACAUAUAAUAUAAUAAUACAAAUUAAAAGAAAAAAAAUCGUAUUAACGAAAAGAAAAUAAAUUAUAGACGAAAAAAAAUGGAAUAUGUUUAAUUGAUUUGCAUGAUCAAUGUGGUGCAGGACACAUUUUGUUGUUUCCAAUUGUAAUAUGUAAUGAAAUGUGCGGAAAAUGCUAUAUAUGAAUAGUUUGAAAUAAAAAUGAAGCGUGUUUCGAAAUUA